AUGGCGAACAAACUGGAUAAUUGGGAUUUCGACCAAGAGAGUUCCGAAAGCGAGCUCUCUUCAGACGCUGAGACUGGUAAUCCGCCCGAUGCCAACAAAAGAGCUGGUAUUUUCGAAAAGGACUCCGACGAGGAGGAGCUCGAGCGAUUGGUUCUUGGAAACAAGGCUGGGUUUAAAGAAAACCUUUUCAAACAUGGAAUUCUUAACGAGGACGAUGAUGGUAAUGGCGACAUUGAAAUGGGCGAUACCGAUACUGGCGGCCUAGAAGAAGUAGAUGAUGCCGACUUGUUCGUCCUGGAUACCGGCGCAGGGAGGGCGUCAGUGCCGUUGGCAAAUGCCCCAAAGGUCGAAGAGGGCGAUAGACCGGCGUGGGAGGAUAGCGAUGACGACCGAUUAGUUAUUUCCUUGGCUGGUGCGAACAGGCUGCGGAAAUUGCGAAUGACUGAGGCGGAUGAUCUCGUCACUGGUUCGGAAUACUCGAGGCGGCUACGCCAACAAUUCCUGCGAUUAAACCCUGCACCGGCCUGGGCCAAACAGAACGCCGGACGGCCGGCGUCCAAGAGACGGCGACGCUCAUCAGCAGCGUCAAAUUCGACCAGCGACUCUGACGGAGACUCAGACUCGGAGUCGUCCGCGCAGCCCUUGGAGGAGUUCCUGCGAGACGUCAGACAGCUAGCCGGACUGGGGGCCUCCAAGAAGCGCAGGCUGCGGCCAGAAGUUCUCGACAUCCAGAGGACAAGAGACAUUUCGGACAAGCACAGGGCUCCAGUCGAGUGUCUCUCCUUCCACCCCGAAUACCCCGUCCUGCUGUCCGCCAGCAGAGCAUCAAUCUUAUACCUGCACCACAUCGCGCCCGAUGCCCAGCCGACGCCAAACCCGCAGCUCACAUCUGUCCAGGUUAAGCAAGUGGACGUGCGAAGAGCGGAAUUCCUGUACCCGCAAGGCGACAAGAUCUUCUUUGGUGGCCGUAGAAGGUACUUUCACCAGUGGGACCUGCCGUCCGGUAUUGUGCAGAAGACGACGCAAAUCACCGGACAUGGCUUGGAGCACAAGACCAUGGAGAAGUUCAAGCUGAGCCCUUGCGGGCGAUACAUGGCCAUUGUCGCAUCGACAAAAAAGGGCGGUGGCGUGAUCAAUGUCCUCAGCGUAGCUUCCAUGCAGUGGAUUGCCGCCGCCAGACUAUCCAGCCGACACGGUAUUGCUGAUUUCGCGUGGUGGAGUACCGGGGGCGGCAUGACGAUUCUCGGUCGAGACGGCCAAGUUGGCGAAUACAACAUGGAGUCGAGGACCUUUGUCGGUAUAUGGCACGACGACGGCUGCAUCGGCGGCAUCGUCAUCAGUCUCGGUGGGCACGGCGGACCCCCAGCCCUCGGGGAGGACCGCUGGGUGGCCGUCGGGUCGAACAGCGGUAUCGCGAAUAUUUACGACAGAAGCGUGCUGAUAGCUUCGCAAGGGGACGACGAGCUCGUCGUCAAGGAACGGCCCACGCCGACCAGAACCUUUGAGCAGCUCAUCACGCCCAUCACCGUUUUGGCAUUCUCGCCGGACGGCCAGCUGCUCGCGUUUGGUAGUCGGGAGAAGAAGGACGCCCUGAGGCUGGUGCACCUUCCUAGCUGCACUGUAUAUCGAAAUUGGCCGACGGAGCAGACGCCGCUGGGUAGAAUCACUUGUGUGGCGUUUGGGAGGGAGAGCGACGUGUUAGCUGUGGGUAAUGACUCUGGGAAAAUUAGAUUAUGGCACAUUCGGAGUUAG